ACCAAACACAGACCUUCAACGAGCUACAAAAUCAUUUCCUUCCUCCUCUCAAUCUCAAAACCUCAAAGAACACCAGAACAUGGGCAAAGAUGGAAACCUUCCCCUCUCGGAAAACUCCGACGAAGAAACGGGAACACCACCUAAACCCAAAUCCAAAUCCGAGUCGGAAUCUGAAAACCCAAAGUGCCUUAACAAAAGCGACAAAGGGAAAAGAGCAACCAAAUCCCGAAGGAGACAGUGCAGCAGCGGUGGCAGUGAAGAAGAUUCGUAUUCGGAUUCAGAAUCCUCGUCCGAGUCCGAGCAUUCGGAAUCGGAAUCAGGGUACUCGGAUUCGGAGGAGGAGCGGAGGAGGAAAAAGAGGAAGAGAGAGAGAGAAGAAAAGGAAAGGAGGGAGGAGAGAAAGAAAGAAAAGGAAGGAAAGAGAAGGAGAGAGAAGAAGAGAGGAAAAGGAAGAAGAGGAAAGAGAAAAUUGUUGGAAAUGGAAAUGAGACAAAAGUUGAAAUGUUGGAAAGUUCAUUAUAAUUUUACUAUUAUAAUAAUUACUAUUUCUCUAAUGUGCAGGAAUAAGCGACCUGAAUUCACAGCAUGGUUAGCUGAAGUGAAACAGAUAAACUUGGAGAGUUUGCCCAACUGGGAAGAGAAGCAGUUGUUUAAAGAUUUCAUGGAAGAUCACAACACAGCCACCUUCCCUUCCAAAAAAUAUUAUAAUCUUGAUGCUUAUUAUAAGCGUCAAAUGGAGAAAGAGAGCAAGAAGGGUGUUAAAAAGGUUCUCCAAGCAGAGCGUACCGUAUUUAAUGACGAAGAUCAGCGUCGGCAAGAGCUGCUUAUGGCUCGUGAAAAGCAGAAGGAAGAAGAGGUCGAAGCUUUGAAACGUGACAUGCAGAGUGGAAUGGCACAAGCAAUGAAAGAACAAGCUCAGCUACGGGAAGAAAUGGCUUACAUGUACAAAAUUGGCAACUUCGAGGCUGCAGCUGCCAUACAAAAACGGCUGGAUCCAGAUGUUGCUAUGUAAGAAGAAUGGCCUAGACGAUGGUGCUAACACUUAAUUAUCGAUCAGCUCUAGGCUUUUACAUCAACUGCCCACCAGAGAAUGGUAACAGAAGGAAUUACCUUCGUCUUUCUAUUUGUACCAGGUUGAAUAUAACUGUAUCCAUUUUAAGAGGAUAACAGUUUUUGGGACUAGUUUGCGGGUUUCCUCGCAGCUACUUGUGUAGGAAUAGAAUGUUUGAUGAUCCAUGCUUAGUAUACAAUUAAGUAGGUAUUAUUGUGCUCUGCAUUGAGGCU